AUGUGCGGACUCUCUGCGGGAAAGGGGCGGGGCGGGGCGACAGAGGCGUGGGCGGGAGGGGGCGGGGCAGGAGGGAGGGCCGAAAGCGGUGCCGCCGGCAGAGGUCCGGCUGGCACGGACUUGCCCGUGAGCUGGGAUGGAUUGGUUGCCGGACCGAGUCUCCUGCAGUUGGCAGGAGUAUGGGGCGGAGUGAUGCACGCCCAGUCGCUCAGCAUCGUUCGAGUUGUCAGAGACCUCGCUUCGGACCGUGUACUCCCCGUGGCUUCGUUCCCGAGCCCGGAAGCCCCUUUCUCGGGUGUGGAACUACGCUGCGCGGCCAGCUUGAGUUCCCCAAGGACGGAGUCGAAAGGUCACAUCUUAUCUGUCAGUGCUGUGUAA